AUGUCUGACGCUGAUAGAUUUGUUCCGAAGGUGGCAGUCAAACUCGAGCCCCCGAAAGACGACCCAUACACAGCACAAGAGCUCGCAAAAUAUGACGGUAUCAAGUCCCCGCACAUUUACGUGGCAAUCAAAGGCACGAUCUUCGACGUUACUCGCAACAAGGCUGCGUACGGUCCAGGUGAGACGUAUCACAUUUUCGUAGGCCGCGACGCCUCUCGGGCGCUGGCCAAGUCGUCGCUAGAAGAAAAAGACGCAAAGCCCGAAUACGAGGACCUUCCAGAGUCCGAAUUAAACACGCUCAACGACUGGUAUAAGUUCUUCAGCCUGCGUUACAACAUCGUCGGCAAACUCGUUAAUUAA